AUGGCGGCGCCCGCCGUGCCCCGCAGGUUGGUGCUGGGCGACGGCGGGCGGCGGCUGCGGGAAGCCGCGGUGCUGGUGGGGGGGCUGCGCGGGGUCGGAGCGCAGGCGGCGGCGGCGCUGGUGCUGGCCGGGGUGCGGAGGGUCGUCCUGCACGAGAGCGGUGCGGCGCGGGGCGGGGUGCAGUUCCUCCAGGGGGAGUGCAGCGUGGGCCAGAACCGUGCUGAGGCAUCCCAGCGGCUGCUGGCCUCACUGAACCCUGAUGUGGAAGUGACAGUGCACUCCGGGGAGCUAUCGGAGGAGUUCCUCACUGCCUUCCAGGUGGUGGUGCUGACUGAGUGCCCGCUGGAGGAGCAACUCCGUGUUGGGGACAUCUGCCAUGCCAAGGGUGUCUGCUUCAUCGUGGCCGAUGCCAAAGGGCUGGCAGGGCAGCUCUUCUGUGACUUUGGGGAGCACUUUAUUGUCCAUGACCCGGUGGAAGGGGACCCGCUCUGUGCCACUGUGCAGCACAUCUCCCAGGGCAACCCAGGGAUCGUGACAUGCGCAGGGGCGGACAAGAACUAUGGCCACCGCUUCAGUGAUGGUGAUCUGGUGAUGUUUUCUGGCGUGGAGGGCAUGGUGGAGCUGAACAGCAGCGAGCCCUGCCCUGUACGCGUGCUGGACGGCUUCAGGUUGGAGAUUGGUGACACAAGCACCUUCUCGCCAUACUGUGGUGGCGGCCGGGUUUCGGAGGUGCGGCCACGCCAGGAGCACUCGUAUGAGCCCCUCCGCCAGGCGCUGGCAAUGCCCAGGAUCCAGGCCAGGACCUCCAUAGAGCUGCUGCGCAGCCGCAGUCUGCACGCUGCCUUCCAGGCCCUGCACGCCUUCUGCCGAGAGCGGGGCCACCUGCCCCAACCCCGGGCAACUGAGGAUGCUGAGCGUGUGCUGGAGCUGGCACGUGAGCUGGGCUCAGCGCUGGGCCCCCUGGAUGAGGACGUCGUGCGAGCGUUCGCCAGCGUCAGCGCUGGGGAGCUGUGCCCAGUGGCAUCCUUCAUCGGCGCGCUGGCUGCCCAGGAGGCGAUGAAGGCCAUCACGGGGAAGUUCCUGCCCCUGGAUCAGUGGUUUUACUUUGACGCCCUGGAGUGCCUGGCCGUGGAGGGGGCUGCGGGGCUGAUGCCGGAGGACUGCGCCCCGAGGGGAUCCCGCUACGAUGGACAGAUUGCCGUGUUCGGGGCUGACUUCCAGGAGGAGCUGGGCCGCCAGAAGUACUUCGUGGUGGGAGCCGGCGCCAUCGGCUGCGAGCUGCUGAAGAACUUUGCCAUGAUGGGGCUGGCAGCGGGGCCGGGCGGGGACAUCACCAUCACCGACAUGGACACAGUCGCACGCUCCAACCUGCACCGACAGCUUCUCUUCCGUGAGGCUGACGUGGGGAAGCCGAAGGCGGAGGUGGCUGCAGCCGCUGUACGGCUGAUGAACCCGGACAUCAAGGUGACAGCCCACCAGGUCCAGCUGGGCCCCGGCACCGAGAAGCUCUUUGGGAACACCUUCUUCCAGCGGCUGGAUGGUGUUGUCAGUGCCCUGGACACGCUGACGGCCCGAGCCUUCCUGGAGAGUUGCUGCAUCCGCUCCCGCACGGCGCUGCUGGACACGGGCACAGAGGGGGCAAAGGGCAACGUGCUGGCCAUGGUGCCCCCCCUGAGCCAGCCGCUGGAGCCAAGCAGUGACCCUGCAGAUAGGAGCUUCCCACUGUGCACGCUGCGCUUCUUCCCCUGUGCCAUCGAGCAUACGCUGCUGUGGGCUCGUGAUGAGUUCGAGGGGCUCUUCCAGCUGCCUGCAGAGAGCAUGAACCGCUUCCUGGGGGAGCUGCCCGAUGAGCCGGGGCGAUGGGAGGGCCUGGUGGUGCCCAAGCAGGUGCAGAGGAGCCUGCAGGAGCGGCCGCGGGACUGGGGGGACUGCGUGCGCUGGGCCUGCCAGCACUGGCAGCUCCGCUACCACAACAGCAUCGCACAGCUGCUGCACGACGUGCCGCCCUCGCACGAAACCAGCCCCGGUGUGCCCUUCUGGUCAGGGGACAGGAGGUGUCCCCAUCCACUGACGUUCGACCCCAGCAAUGACACCCACCUGGCAUACGUGGAGGCUGCUGCCCACCUCCUGGCUCAAACUUACAGGCUGCCAUCCUGUGGUGACCGGGUGGCCACGUGGGAUGUCCUCUGCAACAUGGUGCUGCCACCCUUCGUGCCCAAGGACGGGUGCUACGUCCCCACAGCAGAGGGCAUGGAGGAGGUGGAGGAGACUCUGGAGCCUGGACAGAUGCUGGAGCUCGUGCAAGAGCUGGCGCAGUGGAAACAGGAGCUAGGAGGGGACACAGAGGCAAUGGACCCCAUCCACUAUGACAAGGACAGUGAUCUCCACUUGAGCUUCAUCACGGCUGCAUCCAACCUGCGUGCAGAGAACUACGGCAUCCCACCUGCGAGCCGGCUGACGAGCCAGCGCAUUGCUGGGCGCAUUGUGCCCGCCAUCAUCACCACCACAGCAGCCGUGGCUGCCCUGGCGUGCCUGGAGGUUUACAAGCUGGUGUGGAGAUGCCGGGACCUCCAAUGCUACCGCAACAGCAAUCUGUGCCUGUCUGUAUGCCUGCUGUUCCGCAUCCAGCCCCUGCCAGCCCCCACAUACCAGUACCGGGGAAAGGAGUGGAGCUGCUGGGACCGGCUGGAGGUGCGUGCUAUUGGGGAGGACGGGCAGGCGAUGACGGUGCGGGAGCUGCUGGCCUGGCUGCAGGAGGAGCACGGGUGGACCGUCACCAAGCUCCUGCGUGGCAGCACCAUGCUGUACGACGGGGAGGAGGAUGAGGAGAUGCGGGCACGGCAGCAGGCGCAGAGGCUGUCAGAUGGUAUGGAGAGCUCUGCAGAGCCACAGCAGCUGGAGCUGCAGUACGUGUGUGCUGGGGAUGAGCUGGACGACGCCUGCCCCCCACUUCUCUGCACCCUGCCCUGAGCCCUGCAGGAUCCCCAGAUGUCACUGCCUGCCCCACGCAAUAAAACUUGCAGGAUAAGCUGCAACACGUGCUCACCGCGCUGCACCCUCUGCCGGUGCUGCGCCCCACAAAA